UCCGUCCCCACUGUUCACAAAUACACGCGAUGCACGUGUUAAUUGUGAAAUUGAGUUUUAAAAGAGGAAACAGUGGUUGAACACUGUGGGAAUUCCGGGUGCAUAGCAUCGCUCAAUUAUCCGUGCAUAGCAGUUCAUAAUAUUCGUUGGUGUGAUCCUUGAUUUGUAUUUUUCAUUUAACUAAAUAGUCUGAGUAAUGAGGUGUUGACACAUCAUCAAGUUUGUUACGUUGAGUGAAGGCAAUUUACGCCGAUUUGGUUUAAUCGUGUAUUGACUAUGUGCGCAAAUAGGUUAAUAUGCUGUUCUGGCUCAUUAAAAGUAACCACUUCAGAGUGUUCCUGAUAGUAACAUGUGUAAUAAAUACAAGUCAGGGAGCUUUAAAUAUUUUCAAAAAGCCUCUAGAUAGUUUGGACAUUAAGUAUGGCUCAUUUUCUGAAGAUCUCCGCCAACAGAUGUUGGCAGAGGCGAAAAAAAUGUUUUAUUUCGGUUAUGAUAAUUAUAUGACAUACGCAUUCCCAAUGGACGAGCUAAAUCCUUUGUUGUGUUGUGGUAGGGGCCCCGAUUAUGAGAAUCCAUCUAAUGUCAAUAUAAAUGACAUACUUGGUGAUUAUUGUCUCACACUUGUUGAUUCUCUGGAUACCCUGGCAGUGCUUGGUAAUGUGACAGAAUUCCAGAAUGCCGUUACUAAUGUUAUCCGAAAUGUUAGUUUUGACAAGGAUAACGUGGUUCAAGUGUUCGAAGUGAAUAUCAGGGUUCUUGGUGCACUCAUUUCUGCACACCUCCUGAUGAUGGAUCCAGAGCAACCCUUUGGAAACUUACGUCCAUCCUGGUAUGAUGGUGAGCUUCUGCAGUUAGCACAUGAUCUGGCUUCUAGAUUGUUGCCUGCUUUUGAAGGGAGUUCAACAGGCAUUCCUUACCCAAGGGUGAAUUUACGUCAAGGCUUACCACAGCCACCUACAGCUGAAACUUGUACAGCAGGGGCUGGAUCUCUUGUACUGGAAUUUGGCCUUCUCAGCCGUCUGCUUGAUGAUCCAGUCUAUGAAGGAUAUGCACGCAGAGCUAACAAGGUGUUGUGGAACCUUCGAGCAAAAUCAACUGGUCUUCUAGGUAAUGUGAUUGAUGUGGAGUCAGGGCGCUGGAUAGGGAAGCUUAGUGGUCUUGGUGCAGGUCUUGAUUCCUACUAUGAGUACCUCUUGAAGUCAUAUAUCAUGUUUGGUGAAUCUGAGGACUAUGAAAUGUUUGCAGAAGCUUAUCGUGUCAUCAAGCAGUACAUGCGCAGAGGGCGAGCUCACUGUAAUCAAGGCUCUGGUGAUCAUCCUCUGUAUGUGAAUGUUGAUAUGAUGAGUGGUGCUGUACAUACGUGGUGGAUAGACUCAUUGCAGGCUGCUUUUGCUGGAAUUCAG